AUGGCAAAAAAGCUGGCUAAUGUUGAUGUAACCGUAGCUAGUCAACAACUGGCAAUCAGUGAGGCAUAUUCAUUAGUGUUAUUAGGUGCUUUAAUGGAAGAAAGAAGGGAAAUAGAAGCAGCAAGUGAUUGGAUCCCUAGCUUUGCUAUAGGGCUCAGUAUUCUGGUGGUGGAUCAUGAUGCCUCUUCUCUCAUCACCAUAUCUUCCUUGCUCCAACAAAGCUAUUAUAAUGUUACCACCAGCCAAGCAGCUUCAAGUGCUUUAUCCAUGGUUGAAGACCAAAAGGACAGAUUCAAACUUGUCAUGGCAAAUGCUGACAUGCCUGAUAUGGACUAUCUUCCGUUUCUACAUAAACUCCUGGAGAAGAACAUCCCUGUUAUUUUGAUGUCCUCAGAAAGAAGUGUAAGUGCAGCUAUCAAGGCCAUAGUUGAAGGGGCUUCUUUCUUUUUCAAUAAACCCAUUUCUCUGGAUGAUUUGAAGUAUCUUUGGCAACACGUUUACAGAAAGAAAAGAAGCUGCAGCUUCAUCAGUACAAGAAAAAAUGCUCCUGCUGAUGAUACAAAAACUAAGGAUAAGCAAAUUGAACUGGUAAUGAAGUGGCCGAAUGAGAACAAGAAGAGCAGAAAGAAAGGAAAAAGACUCGAAACCAUGGAAGAAGAGGAAGAAAAUAAACAAAUUUCCUUGAAGAAAAAGCCUCGAAUUCUUUGGACGCCAGAGCUUCAUCUCAAAUUUACAGCAGCAAUUAGUAUAUUAGGCGAUGAAAAAGCUCGUCCAAAACCAAUAUUAGAAAUCAUGAACGUGCCUAAAUUAACACAGCGCCAAGUUGCUAGUCAUCUCCAGGUGCAGCGUAUUUGCCAAACUGGCACCAGCAAUAAACCUGCUGCAAGCAGAUCAACUAAUUUCUAUGGCAGGAGAAGUUUUGAUACCCUUGUGAAGAAGACGACUCCCCCCAUUUUUUAUCAAAGAAGACCAUAUUCUGACUGGAAAAAAAUGGGAGAUAUGAUUCAGAUGCUGCCAUCUGGCAGUUGUCCUCCAGAUAUCUCCUCAUCCUACACUUCACAAAAUAAGAACCAAGUUCUAUGGACAUCAGAUGGGAAAACACAAGAGUUGGAUUCCUUGGCAGGACUGUUCAGUUCAGGCAAUAGUGAACAAAAUUCAGUCCACUUCCCAACAAACUUCACUGAUGGAAGCCAAAUAAAUAUGGAGUUCAUGCAAGUUUCAGAAACUACAAAGUUUCUCGCGGAGUUCAAUGAUUCGGAUGAAGAGAUAGAUGUCAUGGCAUUUUUAAAUCCUCCAGGAGAAAUUCCUAAUUUAGACAAUAUUCUGACAGCUUCUAGUGAUUGGAACUCAGAGCAGGAUGUUGCAUAUCCAGCUCAAAGAAGUAUGUCACAGGCAGACGCAGAUAAACAAAAGCUGGAUGCUACAGUUGUUUCAGGUUCAGCCUCUUGUUCCAUAGAUCAAAGCCAGCAUCUGCCGGAUCCUGCUGAUCUAUUCAAAAUUCUAGAUGAAGAACCUGCUGGCAUCAAAGAUUUGGCAAGUGAUCAUGAACCAAAUUCAGGUGAUGUUGAUAAGUACUGUGAGUGGCUAACAAAUAUAUUGCAUGGAGAUGCUGAUAAUAUCCAUGAUGCUGCUGAGUUCAACUAUGGAAAUGAACGUUUUGGCAAUGAAGAUAUGGCUUGA